AUGGACAAGCCUCUGUGGGCCAACGAAGAUGUAACACCGCGCCAGUGGCGUAUCGAAAGUGCCGAACAGUUGGGCUGUGUUGUUCGUCAUUUGGCCGAGCUACUGAUCGGAGCAAUCCCUGCCUUAGCAUUACGCUGGACACAGCUAGCAAUGGCAAUGGCAUUGUCCACGUCAAACAGGCACAUCGCUGGCCGAUCUUUCCAGAUUACCUCGGCUCUUUGUCAGUCACCAUCACCAUGGAUUCCGAAUGUUCUUUCACGGCUGGCCGAAACAGUUGGUGAGCCACAUGAAGAGACCCAGGCAUAUGUAACCGAUAUAAUGCUUUGUCUGCAAACAACCGUGUCACAUUUGGCACCGGUUUCUCGCCCCGCACACGCGCAAUCACCAACACAUGCUCGUUCAACAUCCUAUACACCAGCGCUGCUGCGCCAAACUGCAAUCGCGGCAGCUUCCGCUGCUAUUUCACCAACUCAUGAACGUAAAAUUUCCAUUUCACCAUCACCAUGGAUUCCGAAUGUUCUUUCACGGCUGGCCGAAACAGUUGGUGAGCCACAUGAAGAGACCCAGGCAUAUGUAACCGAUAUAAUGCUUUGUCUGCAAACAACCGUAUCACAUUUGGCACCGGUUUCUCGCCCCGCACAUGCGCAAUCACCAACACAUGCUCAAAACCCAUAUUGA